GAGGGUCGUGCGUUUCUUAAUGAUGUGUUCCAUGUUGAGGAGAAAUCUAAGCUUCAAAAUGAAUCAAAUGCCGAAGACCUGAUUUAUUUCAUUCGCGAGGCGUUCGAGUAUUUCGCAAUGGUCGAUUAUCCGUACCGAACAAGUUUCCUGCAACCGUUACCUGGCUGGCCAGUUCAGGCGGCAUGUAAUCUUGUCAAAGAGCAGUACCCCAAACCACCAAAAGAAGACGAAGAUUUGGUAAAGUACCUGUAUAUUAUCUCGAAUCUUUAUUAUAACUCCACCGGACAUGAGACAACGAACUGUGUCAUUUCGAAAGUAUGCGGUGAUCCAGCCACUAACGGUCUCGGCUCUGAUGCUCUCGGAUGGCCGUGGCAAUCUUGUACCGAACUUGUGAUGGAGAUAUGUGCAGAAGGUGGUAAAAAUGACUUCUUCUGGGAUGAAUGUAAAGAGGCUGAUGGUGUUCUCAAUAUGGUCAAGAGAUUCUGUCUUAAAACGUUCGAGGAUAUUGGUUACACCGAAAAGUUUUUGUUCGAAAAUGACGCUCCGAUUGAAUACGGUCUCGAAUUUGCUGCUGCUAGCAAUAUCGUGUUUACGAAUGGCAAUCUAGAUCCAUGGUCCGUGGGCGGAGUAUUCGAAGACACACCAGGCGUGAAAGAAGCCGCUAAGAAUGGUGUGUACACGUUCUUCAUCACUAAUGGUGCACAUCAUCUGGAUAUAAGACAGCCGAACACCUGCGACCCAGAAUCGGUCAAAAAUGCUCGAUUCCAGGUAAAAAUUCAUUGUCUUCUGAAAUUAUGGCUUGCCAAAUUCUUAUAA